AAAUGAUGAAAGUAUAUAAAUAGUACAGUGCAUGCAAAUUUUAUUGUGUAUAUAUUUGUGAAAAAUAAACAAAGAGCCUGAAAAUAUUUUACGUAUUUUAUUUUUAGGAGAUAUAUUUAUAAGAUGGCUGCUGGACGGGGUAUUAUUAAUUUACGGUUUAACCAAGACCAAGGGUGUUUUACUUGUUGCAUGGAGUCAGGGUUACGAGUAUACAACGUCGAGCCUUUGGUUGAAAAAGCCCAUUUUGAAAAUGACUUAAUGGGCAGCAUUGCUAUUGGUGAAAUGUUAUGGCGAACAAACAUAAUAGCAGUUGUCGGAGGUGGUACUCGACCGAAAUUUGCUGAUAAUACCGUAUUAAUUUACGACGACGUUGUCAAAAAAUUUGUUAUGGAAAUAACAUUUACCAGCCCGAUUAAAGCUGUACGCUUACGGCGCGACAAAUUGAUAGUGGCAUUGCAGCGAGAAAUACAUGUUUUCUCAUUUCCGUUUCCUACGAGGCGACUAUUGACCCUUGAAACUCGUGAUAAUCCAAAGGGCUUAGUUGAAGUAGCAACAUUGGCAACAGCGCAUAAACAAUUACUAGCGUUUCCUGGCCAUAAAUUGGGCAGUGUACAAUUGGUUGACUUGGCUGCUACUGAAGCUGGCAGUUCAUCAGCACCAGCCACGUUGGCUGCUCAUCAAGGAACGUUGGCCUGUCUAGCUGUUAAUCCCAAUGGGACAAUGGUUGCUACUGCAUCAGCACAAGGUACUCUUGUCAGAGUAUGGGACAGCGUAAGAAGACAGUUGUUGGUUGAACUUAGGCGUGGUGCUGAUCCUGCUACACUUUACUGUAUAACAUUUAGUAGAGACUCAGAAUUUCUUUGCAUGUCUAGUGAUAAAGGCACUGUACAUAUAUUUGCAUUAAAAGACACGCAUCUCAAUCGUCGAUCUACAUUUUCUAAAAUGAGAUUUCUCGGUAAUUAUGUUGAAAGUCAAUGGGCGCUAGCUACAUUCACAGUACCACCUGAAUGUGCGUGUGUAUGCGCAUUUGGAUCCCGUAAUUCAGUGAUAGCGGUUUGUGUGGAUGGAACAUUUCACAAAUAUGUUUUCACAUCUGAAGGUAAUUGCAAUCGUGAGGCAUUCGAUGUUUUCCUUGAUGUCUGUGAUGACAAUGAAUUUUAAAAAACAACUAAGAUUAUUAAUCGAACAAAAUAUUCUAAAUAAUUGAAAAAAAACGUCUAAUUUAUUAAUAAUUGAUUAUUAAUAAAUUAUAAAA